AUGCUAAGAGCCUCCGCGCCGGUCACACCGCGGCACGAGCGGGACCGCCCUGUACGUUUAUUGACAGAUGAUGAGUUGCGCAAAGAGUUCGUGCACCUGCGCAAGACGAACGCCACGCUCAGCGAAGAAUCAAGUUCAUUGCAAGCGGAAAUUGGUGCCCUCUGCGAAGAGUCUGUUCGCUUCCAGCAAAGCACCGAGAUUGAGGAGGAGAAGCUGGCAAACCAACUUCUUCGGCGGCUCCAGAGUGAGGAGCAACAGCGUCGGCGGUUCCGCAUUCUGAUUCGCCGCGAGGAACUCUCACGCCAUAAGAUCAUGGACCAAAUCAGCCAGGUUCGCGGCCAGAAGACAGAAUUGGAGAGUCAGUUGGCACAGGAGCAGGAGUCCCUGAUGCGGCAGCUGCAGAAGAAGCUGGUGGAGGUUGUCAACAAGAAGGCCGAGGUGGAGCGUGAGCUGCUGAAGGAACGUCGUAGCUAUCUUGACGUGCUUGCAAUGAAGCUGGCAAGCCUCAAGCAAUGCUCAUUCGACGCGACGGGCGACGCUGCAGCCAACUUCGACGAGGGGAGCGCCGCCGCGGGGGAGCCGAAGUUGUCACCCCACGAGGCGGCCAGCGGUGUCGUGUCAUCACCGACCGCCACACACGAGGCCGUCAUACGACUGGAGAGACAGCUGAAUGAUCUGCUGCGCGAGCACGCCGUAGCGGUGCAGGCUAGCGCGAAGAAUGAGGCGCUCUGCGCGAAGCUGGGGGAGAGUCUAGAGGGCAUCCAGCAGGCCGCCUUCCUCGAUCGCGCCCGCGCGUCAAAGCUAAAGGAGGACCUCCGCCAAGCAAGGCGACGCCUCCUCUCCAUGGAGCAUCAGAUGCGCCGCCGCGGGCCCUCCGUUGCCUCGGAUGACAGCUCUGGUCUGCAGACGCCGACGUAUACAUGUUUGAAGAAUUUGUCGUCGCUGCGCGAUCACACAAAGGAGGUCCUUUCUGCACACCAGCGGCAGGCGAGCAGCAGCCUCCACCCCUCCUGUGAUGUGUCUGAUAUGGGGGAGGAGAUUCGUUCUUCAUCGUCGAUGCUCUGCAGCCCGUCGGUGAACUUCACGACACGCACAACGGCGAGCGAUGAGAGCGGCGCGGUACUUUUGACGGUAGAGCGGUUGGCGCCGACAACAGCCACAGCACAGGAGCAAGAGAUGAUGAAGGAAAGUGGGGUGAAGGGUAGCUGA